UUCAAAUGCCACGCCACUUCCACGUGGCACUGCUCAUUUUGGUGUUAUGUGGAGCUGAAAGAGCCAGAGGAGCUCUGCGAGUUCAGCUUCAGGACUACGAUAAGAACAGUUGGCGGAGCGUCUUGAGGCGGGUGGCUCCGGAAUGGGUUCUGGAAGAGUUUGCGGAUGUGAAGGUCCUAAGUGCCGCGGAGAAUGGAUUUCAGCUCCCCAAAUCCGGCUUGGCUCAAAUCGAGAUCAACAAAUCCGGACGGAAAACCGUCACUGCAAAUACCCCCACAGACGCUUUGAAUGCUAUUAAUACCUACCUCCGCACCGAAUGCCUGUCACAAGUCUCCUGGUCGAAUAGCUCGUUUUCCAGUGGCUGCCGAAAACGCACAAGUGACUUCAUAAAUUUUGAAUCUAAACAAAUCCGCUACUUUGGAAAUAUGUGCACAUUUUCGUACUCGUUCGCCUGGUGGGAAUGGCCACAGUGGGAACGGUUUAUUGAUUGGAUCGCGUUGAACGGCUUCAACACGGUCCUAAUGCCGCUCGGCCAGGAGAUCAUAUGGCGGGACAUUUUUAUGGGAUUAGGUGUUCAACGCGAUGAGCUGGAUUCUUAUUUCACUUCACAGGCAUAUUUGGCAUGGCACCGUAUGGGCAACCUGAAAGCCUACGGCGGUGGACUCUCGGAUGCUCAGAUGCUCAACGAUCACAACCUGGCCAAGCGGAUUAUCGACCGGCUCCUUGAACUUGGCAUCACUCCAAUUUUGCCGACGUUUGCUGGCUUUGUGCCAGACCACCUGGAAACGCUGUUCCCGGCCUCAAAAUUUAAUAGGCUCCCGCGCUGGAACAACUUCACUUCUGAAACAUCUUGCAUGCUCUCCGUAUCUCCAUUUGACCCGCUUUUCCAGAAAAUUGGCUCCACAUUUUUGAGACAUCAAAAGAAGAUGUUCGGAGGCGAUGUAACAAACAUGUACAGCGCGGAUCCGUUCAACGAGAUUUUGCCUAGCGAGUCGGCAAAGUUCGACGCGAAAUUCGUCAAGCAAACCGCUCAAGCAAUCAUGAACUCCUGCAAGAAGGUGGAUAAAAAUUGUGUUUGGGUACUCCAAUCCUGGUCGUUCACCUACGAUCAAUGGCCAGCCUGGGCGAUCAAAUCCUUCCUCUCCGCAAUUCCAGUCGGCAACCUGCUCAUCCUUGACCUCUACGCCGAGGUGGUUCCAGCAUGGCAGAUGACGUCAUCGUUCCAGGGACAUCACUUCGUCUGGUGCCUACUUCACAAUUUUGGAGGAUCCAGAGAACUCCGUGGUAACCUUCAGAAAAUCGAUAAAGGCUAUCAGCUGGCGCUGAUGAAGGCCGGCUCGAACCUUGUCGGAGCCGGGCUCUCAAUGGAAGCCAUCGAUCAGAACUAUGUGGUCUACCAGUUCAUGAUCGAUAGAAUGUGGUCCCCGGAGCCCCUUCCUCUGAACAACUGGCUCAAGGCGUACUCGGAAUCCCGAUACUCUGCAGAUUUUAAAGUGGCUCAGAAGUUCUGGACUCUGCUGGCUGGCACAUUCUACAAUCAGCCCGAGAAAUGGGGAACGCCAAGAUUUUCAGUAUUCCUAUACCAUAGACCUGGAUUUGGAAGAAAAAUAGAGUAUUGGUUCCCGGUAGAAGAGACGUUUUCGAGAUUCCGAGAGCUUCUGCCAGCGCUGGUCCAUGUGCUCGGCGAGCAUCCUCUGUUCAGAGAAGACCUGAACGACGUGAUGCGGGAAAUGACACAAUUCGAGAUGGGAAAUGAGGCGGCUUUAUCAAUGUCAGAAGCAUUUUUGAUGGAAGAUAAGCAGCAAGUUGGCGCCAGUUGUGAGAUGUUGAUGGAAAUGUUCCAGAAGUUGGAAAGUUACUCGAAUCGGGAUGUUCGGCAGUGGAUAGAAAAUGCAAAAUCCAUCGCCCCAACAUCAGAAGAACGUCAAGUGUUCCCGGUGACCGCCGGUGACAUCCUAACAGUCUGGGGUCCGACUGGUCAAAAUCUGGACUAUGCUCAUCGCGAGUGGGCUGGGCUUAUGUCGGGCUACUACGGACGGCGAUGGCAAUACUUUUGUGAUUGGAUUCUCGAGCAUGAUGAUUUCAACCACACCGAAUUUUCGAUCUCAGUUUUUCGUGACGUAGAACGCCCGUUUUCGAUCUCAAAUAUUUGAAUGUUUCUUUUUUCGUUGUUGAAAAAAUAAUGUAUCUUCUCUGAUUAUUCUGAUGAUGAAUGCUUGUUAAUAAACCGGCUAGACUU